GGGUCGGAUUGGUGGGUUGGGGGCCAGAGGCCGCUGGAUCCAGGACUCGGGCGCCUCUGACUGAGCUCCAAAGGGUUACAGCCCUUCGCCCCCUCCUCCCGCCUCCUCCCUUCUCCUCCCCCAGGCUCUUCCUGUCCCGCAGUUGCAACACCCCAUCUGCCGCUCUCCCUUCCCUCCCACCUCCUCGCUCCUUUCUGCUUUAAUUUUCUCCCAGUUCUCAGGACUCGGGCUCCAGCUCCGGCCUUUGGGGUUGGAGAUCCUGGCCCGGGACUGAGCCGUGAUCCUCACCCCAGUCUCCACCUCAGCUCCCCUGCCAGCGGCCCCAGGCUGCUCUUGGGACCCGGCGGGCCCGCACGUCCCGGACUCCGCCGCCGCCGCCGCCACCACUGCCUGAGCCCUGAUGGGGGAGUAAGAGGCCACCGCUGGCCGGUCAUGGGCCUCCCCACCGUGCCUGGCCUGCUGCUGCCACUGAUCACUUGGAUUUAAAUCCUGGCUCCCUCACUGACUAGUUGCCUGAACUUGGGCAGGCUACAGAACCUUCCAUGUCCUAGUUUCUUUAUCUCUAAAACGUGCUCCUGGCCUUGUUGGUGGAAAUAUACCCCUUAAGGGUUAUGGCACUGGUCCCUCACGUCAGGGACCGGGAGAAGAGAGCUGUUCUGUGUCCCCAAGGAAAAUAUAUUCACCCUCAAGAUAAUUCCAUUUGCUGUACGAAGUGCCACAAAGGGACCUACCUGUACAAGGAUUGUCCUGGCCUGGGGCUGGACACAGACUGCAGGGAAUGUGAAAACGGCACCUUUACAGCUUCAGAGAACCACCUCAGACAGUGCCUCAGUUGCUCCAAAUGCCGAAAAGAAAUGAACCAGGUGGAGAUUUCUCCUUGCACUGUGUCCCAGGACACUGUGUGCGGCUGCCGGGAGAACCAGUACCGGCGUUACUGGGGUGACACCCUUUUCCAGUGCGUGAACUGCAGCCUCUGCCUCAAUGGCACAGUGCACAUCUCCUGCACAGAGAAACAGAACACAGUGUGCACCUGCCACGCGGGUUUCUUUCUAAGAGACCAUCAAUGCAUACCCUGUGUUCACUGUAAGGAAAACACAGAGUGCACAAAGUUGUGUCUUCUCCCUGUGGAAAAGGUUACGGUCCCUCAGGACCCAGGUACCACAGUGCUGUUGCCCCUGGUGAUCUUCUUUGGCAUUUGUGUUUUAUCCUUCUCCAUUGUUUUAAUGUGCCGCUACCAACGGCAGAUGCCCAGGUUCUUCUCCACUGUUUGUGGGAAAUUGACACCUACAAAGGAGGGGGAGCCUGAGACCCUGGCCUCGGUUCCAGGUUUCAGUCCCACUACAGGCUUCAGUCCCACCACGGGCUUCAGUCCCAUCCCGGGCUUCAGUCCCAUCCCCAACCCCACCUUCACCCCCAGGUCCGUCUUCACCCCACGUGACUGGUCUAAGUUAAGGGCUCCGUCAGACUCUGGAGAGAUGGCCCCACCCUACCAGGAGGCUGGCCCCAUCCUCACCGCGGCUCCAGCCUCCACCCCCAUUCCCAUCCCAGUUCAGAAGUGGGAGGACAGCACCCACAGUCAGCGCGCAGAAGCCGACCCCGCAGACCCGGCGACGCUGUAUGCUGUGGUGGACGGCGUGCCCCCGUCGCGCUGGAAGGAGUUUGUGCGCCGGCUGGGGCUGAGCGAGCACGAGAUCGAGCGGCUGGAGCUGCAGAACGGGCGCUGCCUGCGGGAGGCCCACUACAGCAUGCUGGCGGCCUGGCGGCGGCGUAUGCCACGGCGCGAGGCCACGCUGGAGCUGCUGGGCCGCGUGCUCCGCGACAUGGACCUGCUGGGCUGCCUGGAGGACAUCGAGGAGGCGCUGUGUGCCCCAGCCUCCCUCUCGCCGGCGCCCCGCCUCCUGCGAUGAGGCCACGACCCUCCCUGGGAGGGGCCUGCCCUUAACGACCGCUGCCUCCUCGCGGGGGGCCGGAAGGACCGUGCUGGAUGCCUUUCGGACCGUUUUUCUGGACGAGGGCCUUGGAAGGGCAAGCAUGGCUGCCAGCUACCUACUUGGUGCUACUCUCCAAGUGUAUAUAGAUUUUCUCAGCUGCUGGAGCGCUGCCAGGGGCUCAGCCUUGUGUGUGUGAGGCAGAGGUGUGUGUGUGUGUGUGUGUGAUCCUGAGAGAGGCUGAGUGUGCCAGAAGCCCAUGCUUGUGGCUGCAGAGAUGGGGUGCCCCGCCUCACCGCCUAUUUUGGGUUUGGAGAACCAAAGGCAGCUUAGGGGCUUCUGGUUGGUCCCUGGGCCUUUUUCACAGUAGAUAAGCAAUCUUUGUAUCAUUUAUGUUACACUAAUAGAAACUGGGCACCCCUCUGCCCCCUGCCUGCACAAGCAAAGAAUGAGCUGACCUGUCCGAAGGCAGGCGCGAGCACAGAACAAUGGGGCUGCCAGCUGGAGCUGUGGACUUUUGUAAAUACACUAAAACUCUGGAAUUAAAGCUCUGCUCUGGA